AUGCUGGCCGACGACUUCCGCGAUAUAUGCAACAAGUCAGUGCCUGUGUACAUCCUGUCGCCGCAGUGGAAGAUGCCCACCGUGGUGCUUUAUAAUUAUGUAUACCUUUGGUGGUUCCGCCCGUACCGCAGCGAGCUGGACUGGCAACGCUUCAUGUGCAAGUUCAUCAAACCACAGGGCCUACCCGGCGACGAGACUCUGUCCGACGCAACCGUCGACACCCUUAUCGCCCUGAACGAGGCCACGUGCGCGCACAUCCAAGCCCUGCGUCCCGUCUACGACGCGCGCGCAGCAGCAGCAGCAGCAGCAGCACCGGGUGCCAACGGGCUGUCCAGGCAGCCGCCCUUCGUCCGGGACCACCAAAUCUACAUCGUCCAGCCACUAUUCCACACGCUGAUGAUGGUGGUCUGCCCCGCCGACUACAGGAAAGAAGACUCGGCAACGGUCGGCAGGCUACCCGUUGUUCUGGUCCGCACGGGCAUCGAGGACGGCCUCAGCGCGCCUAUUACUUUUGAGUCUAUCAUCCAGCAGGAUAAUAUUAGUGGUGGAAACACGAUUACCACGACGCUCGAGGGGGCCACCGACUUUGUCGUGGCGCUGGAGGCCCGGGAAGCCGCCACCUUUGGGCUGCGUCCCGACUCGUCAGCGAUUGAACCCCGUAGUCUCUCGUAUAUCGGGGGUAUGGAGAAGAAGGAGCUGCUGCUGCUGCCGGCCGCGUCGAGCGCUUCGUAUGUCGACGACGAGGACGCGUUGGCGUGGGGGUGGUGCGGCUCUGGCGUGCAUUACGACUCCGUCCCCAUGCCUAACCACGAGAAGAGGGCUAUCCGCAAGCUGGAGAUUGAGUCAGACCCGGUGCUCAAGGAGUCUUGCAAGGUCGUCGAAGGGCAUUAUAUUAUCCCCUUUUGA